AUGGGCUCUCGGCUAUCCCAUCGAUCCUCGCUCUUAAAGUCAGCACAUCUGCUCGCUGCAGCACAGGUACCGGCCUCACUUGCCUCGGCAGCAGCUUUGGAAAUUGCUGCUCUUCGCAUGGCUACUGCGGCUCUACGUCCGCGUACUGUGGAACCGGAUGCCAGGCUGGCUUUGGGAAGUGUUCGUUGUCCCCCAAACCCGCAGUCCAGGGUAUCCAAAGACGGGACCUGCGGCGGGUACACCGGAUACACGUGCAAGGGCUCAGUCUUCGGAAACGGCUGCAGUCGGAACGGGUACUGUGGUAAGACGUCUGAGUACUGUGGUGCCGGCUGCAACUCCAAGUUUGGGACUUGCGGCGUGGUGGGUCGUCCUCGAAGCCUUGCAGCAGCUCCAAGGUCCGAUCUACUUCUUCGCGGGCGCCUUCUGCCUCGACGAAGCGCACUACUUCUUCGACGCGUGCUCCGUCUUCCUUCUCAUCCGUCUUCAUCCUCGACAAAAUGCACAGCCUCCUCAAUUCACUCCCUGCCGUCGUCGAUUGGGUCAUCGUCUUCAUCAGUUCGCUGUUUGUCAUCCUCAGCAUCUUCCUCGCUAAGCAGUACUUCGCCAGCUUCGAUUAGCGCAUCCUCUUCCGUCGCCAGCUCCGUCGUGUCAAGCAGCUCUUCCUCUAGCUGUUCUGUAUCCAGCAGUGCCUUAUCAUCCACCGUGAGCUCAUGCUCGCCAAUCACCGAUGUCACAAUCGAGACUGUUACUUCGACCACGAUCACCACGGAACAUGCCGACGUAGAUAUGGUGGGAAGCAUGCGAAGCUAG